AAUAAUUUUCCAGCGUAGGAAAAAAGAAUACCUUAAAAUAAAGUGUUUUAAAUAAAUAAAGCAGUCAGAAUGUUGGAUAAUAGAUGAACACAUAAGCAGUUAUACAGCAUUAUGCUGUAAUUUGUAGUCAAUUAUGUUCAAUUAAGUUAAAAAGUUGCUGAUGUGCAGAACUGGCCAAUCAGAGCAGUUGCGUAAAAUAAUCUCGACCAAUGAGAAAACAGAAGGAGGAGACUAUUAAUAAUGCCGCACAAAACUUCUCUCUCACCAAUAAGUUGUGUAAUGUUGCCAGUUCCUCAGCCCGACGCGUCAUGAAACCGAACAAUUAGUGCGCUUAUUGGGAAUACUUCUGUGAGAUCGCAGGAUUUUAAAAUGUCUAAGGAGCCGGAUAAAGCUGCUUCUAUCCCGGAGAGUUGUUUUCUGGAUGAUGUGGACUCUGAUUCUCCGUCUUCUCCAUCUGUGUCUGAUGAUCCAGGCUCGCGCGCCGCUCCGCCACCGGACACCGAUGGAGACGCGCGGUUCCCUGUGUGCAUCCGAGACGCGGUGUCGCAGGUCCUGAAGGGCUACGACUGGUCCCUGGUGCCGAUGCCGAUGCAGGGAAGUCGGUCUCUGAAGGACAAACCGCACGUGAAGAGACCCAUGAACGCGUUUAUGGUGUGGGCGCAGGCGGCGCGGAGGAAACUCGCCGAUCAGUACCCGCAUCUGCACAACGCGGAGCUCAGCAAGACCCUCGGGAAGCUCUGGAGGCUGUUGUCUGAGAGCGAGAAGAGGCCGUUUGUGGAAGAAGCUGAAAGACUGAGGCUGCAGCAUAAGAAAGACUAUCCUGAUUAUAAAUAUCAGCCGCGGAGACGCAAGAGUCUAAAACCUGGACAGAAUGAAGCAGAAGCAGGAGCCGAGAAAAACCUUCAUCACACGGAUCCAAUCUACAAGACGGAAGCGGGAAUGAGAGCCAUGCACCAUCAGACCAUCCAUGGAGUUCAACCACACGGACCUCCAACGCCUCCAACCACACCGAAAUCCGACCAGCAUCAAAGCAUGAAGCGCCUGUCGGAAAACGCCAGACAGAACAUAGACUUCAGCAACGUGGACAUUUCAGAGCUGAGCAGUGACGUCAUCGGCAGCAUUAGCCAGUUCGACGUUCGAGAGUUUGACCAAUAUCUGCCAUUAAAUGGGCACACGGAGAGCGGCGGCGGGCAGCACUCCAGUCCCGGCUGCUUCAGCACUUCUUUUCACCAUCACAGCGGCGCUUCAGCGUGGAACAAACCGUCCGGGUCACCGUCCACAUCCAGCGCAAACCAACAAAGACCUCUCAUUAAAACUGAACAAUUGAGUCCCUCUCAUUAUGGACAGUCUCACGGCUCACCGACUCAAUCUGAGCUCAGCGACUGUGCCGACAUGCAGAACUCGGCGUACUUCACCACAUUUUCCGGCUACCCGGCUGGCAUUUAUCAGUAUCCGUACUUCCACUCCACCAGACGGUCCUACAUGACUCCAGUUCUCAACACUUUGUCCAGUCCAUCUCAUAGUCCUGGUACAAACUGGGAGCAGCCGGUUUACACGACUUUAACUCGGCCAUGAUGAUGCGGAUGAGGAUGUCAGAAAUGCAGAGAACUAUGGGACAGAGGUGAUUGAACGUGAUACAUUUGAUGCACAUGAUACACUGUAAAAAGUGAUUAGUUAGUUCACUAGUUAGUUAUGACUAUAAGAGUAAAGCAGUUAUAACUUGGAACUUUUUAAGUUGACUUAAUUUUUGUAAUUAUGCAUAUGGCUCAAUUAAAGUAUAAUUUUAAAACAACGGGUUCACUCACUUUUUUAAGUAUAUUCAAUUAAUCAUUUUAAAAUCAUUGUGUUUACUUUUUAAAGCUGACUCUAUUAGUUACUUUAAAUGCAUUGGGUUUACUGAUGUUUUUAAGUAAAGUCAACUAAUCCCUUUAAAAGCAACAGGUUUACUCACGUUUUAAAGUAGACCCAACAAAUGGCUUUAAAAGCAACAGGUUUACUCACUUUUUUAAGUAAAGUCAACUAAUCCCUUUAAAACAUUGGAUUUACCUACUUUUUUAAAGUAGAAUCAACUAAUCGCUUUUAAAAGCAACAGGUUUACUCACUUUUUCAAGAGUUCACACUUAGCUCAUGAUUUAU